GCAUUUCUUCAUUACCCACCAAACCACUACACAAGCACUAUCACAUAGAAAAAUCACACAAACCCAAAUUCUUAGCAAGCAUGGCUCACUCCCAUGCCAUUUGCAUUUCCUCCGUCCUCUUGCUCUCCCUCUUCCUCACUUGCACCAAUGCUGCCACAUUCGACAUUAGGAACAAUUGCCCCUACACGGUCUGGGCAGCUGCGGUCCCGGGAGGUGGCCGACGGCUCGACCGAGGCCAGUCCUGGACCCUGAACGUGAACCCUGGCACGACACAAGCCCGUAUCUGGGCCCGGACUAACUGCCAGUUUGAUGGGGCUGGGAAGGGCAGGUGCCAGACCGGCGACUGUGGCGGCGUCCUUGAGUGCAAAUCCUACGGCCAGCCCCCGAACACACUGGCUGAGUUCGCACUGAACCAGUUCGGCGGCAAGGACUUCUUUGACAUCUCCCUUGUUGAUGGCUUCAACGUCCCCAUGGACUUCAGUCCGACUUCCAACGGGUGCACCCGUGGGAUCAAGUGCACGGCCGACAUCAAUGGCCAGUGCCCUGCCCAGCUGAAGGCGCCCGGCGGUUGCAACAACCCCUGCACCGUGUUCAAGACCAACCAGUAUUGUUGCAACUCCGGAAGCUGUGGACCCACGGAUUUCUCGAGGUUCUUCAAGGAUAGGUGCCCUGAUGCUUACAGUUACCCUAAGGAUGAUCAGACUAGCACUUUCACCUGCCCUGGUGGAACCAACUAUAGGGUUGUGUUCUGCCCUUGAAGUAAGAGUGGAAUUGCAGAGAAUACUCCAUAAGAGACUUAUGUCAAAAUAAUGGUGCUCAAGUUAGUUUGAGCGAUUGUACUUGCACGAGUGUAUUGCCUCAAGCUCCUCUAUGCAUGCAGCUGAGGCAAGAGCAAAAGUUAAGGAGUUGAAUAAAUUAACAUCUAAUUAUGCUAUUAAUCAGCAA